CGGCGUCCUGCGGUGGAGGCCGGUGGGCGAGGAGCGGCUCCAGGUCACCGACCCUGCUCCCUCCACAGGCCCGCUGUUCCAGGUGCCCAGCCUGUUGGAAGAAAUAUCCUGAAACAUGGCUUCUGCAUCUCAGCUUCAGACCUCGCAGUCAGUGGAGAUGGAAAACUUGCAGAAAGGCUUGAUAUCCCAUGCAAGCUUACAACAAGUGGAGAAACCAGCAGAAAAGUCAGAAAUGCCCAAAAUCCCAGCAUGUAAACAACGGCUGAGUGAGAAGCACAAUCCCUUCAAGAUGCCUCGUGAUUGUGACAUUUUUACCCUUCGGGACAUCGAGAGAGAAGAGAAGAAGAAGCAACAAGAGGAACAAAAGAAACUCAAGGUCUAUGAGAAGACCACAUACACGGCUCGUGCCAACGCCAAGUGUGGCAAAGCGCUGAAGGCAGAGGAGGAAACAGAGAUGGACCCCGAGGCAGUACAUCAAACCAACGUGAAAAAACUCGCCGCUCUCAAAGGUGACCCAACGUGGAAGGUUCAAGUCACCAGAGACCGUCACAUUGAGAAGGAAACACUGAAUGAUUACAUCAACAAGAAGCGGGAAAUGUUUAUGCUUCAGUACUCGCUGACCAUGAAGAAGGACGAGAUCGGGAAACUGGAAGAAGCCGCAGCUGCCGAGGAACAGAAAUUGCAGAUGGCGGAGCGAUUCCUGGAGGAGGACGCCGCCAUGUUCGACGAGUUCUUGAAGGAGAACGACAAGAAUUCAGUGCAAGCAAUGCAAAUAGCGGAGCAGGAGACCAAACUGAAGCUGGAAAAAGUUGCAGAGAUAAAGAAGUUGACAACGCAGAUGAUGGCAGUGAAAAACGACAUUGUCAAGUAUGAGGAGACGCUGAAGGACUACCGGGUGUACAGGGAUUUCCUGAUGAAACUGUCUCCAAAGGAGUGGAGGGAAGAGAGGGAGAGGAAGAAAAAGGAAAUAAAGUUGGCAAAAAUCAGUUCAAGAGAAGCAUCCAGGAUUGCACCACUGCCUGUCGUAGACCGAAAGGGCAGUCGAAUUGGCGUGCAGUCAGUCAUAGGGAUGCGGUCUCCGCUGCAGCGAUCCAAGGACUCUGCCAAAUGGAGGAAGACCAGUGCUGUUUCCAUUGAGGCGAAGUCUGAGGAGUUGGACUGGUCAAGCAAUGACGAGGAACCGGAGAUUUACUUCACCGACCCGAAGCAGUUGUUGGACAUCUACACUGAACUGGAGGAGCACAACCUGUCACUCAUCCUCAACUCGCAGGAGACCGAGGAGGCCGUGGAGGAGAUCAAACAGGCCAUGGCUGAUGCGCAGGUUAAAAUGAACUGUGAGAUGGACUUUCUGAAACAGCAGCUGAGUGUUUUGACUGAGGCUGUGGCGAAGGAGGAGAGCAGAGCAGCCGAGCUGGAGCUCAAAGCCAAGAUGUUCUCGUUCAGCCAGAGCACAAUUGAAGAUCAGGAUAAAAUGCUGGAGGCGCUGGAUCAGAAGGUGAUGGAGGUUUACCACUCCUGCAUUGGAGAGAACGAGGCAAACAUGACUACUCUGCAGAUGCUGACCAGCAUCGAGAACUACCUGGAGGACCUGUUUGAAAACCUCGAGAAGCUGCCUCGGGAAAAGGUGGAGCUGGCCGAGAAGAACAAGGAGAAGGAGAGGAGGAUGAGGCUGAGGGAGGAGAAACUGAGGGAAGAGAAACUGCACCAGGAGGAACGGAUCCAACGGGCGAUGAUGAGGUCACAGGCAGAGCACCAGAAGAAGUUGGGUCGGAGGUUGGUGUACCGUUCGGAGCCACCGCUGAUAAAGGAGCAUAAAAAACAAGUCCAAGACACCACAGACCAGGAGAAGGAGGAGGAAGAGUAUUACUUCAGUUACUGAGCAGCAGGCGCGGUGAAGGAAAAUGAACUCGUGCCUCACUGGUGAUACUCCGCCUACUGAACUGAGCAGCUCAGAUGGGCCAAUGCAGACGCUUUCUCUCACUUCCCUCCAGAAUACACCCGCACUAGUUGAGGGCCUGUUUAUGUACAUGUGAAAGUUUGUAUUUUUAAUAACUA